GCAACCACAAGCGCGUGUGUAUACCCGCAUUUCCGUCGCCAGCCCAUUUUGCGCCGCGUGCGUGUAACGGAGAAAAAAGAUGGCCGAUGCAUCUGAAGCCGAGAGGAAUAUGGUGGCCGCUGCCGCGCUGUCGAUGGCCACAACAGAGCUGGAGUAUCGCGUUUCGCUUCUAAACAGCAUGGUCUCGACGUGCCACGAGAGAUGCGCGGCACGACCAUACAAGGAGGGGCAGCUGAGCGUGGGUGAGAACAGCUGCCUGGACCGGUGUUGCGCCAAGUACUGGCAGGUGGUCGCCAUCGUGGGCCAGCUGCUGGGCUCGCAGAAGCAGUAAUGGGUGCUGGUGACAUCCAUGAGACGCGCGUGAAAAUGUCGACAGAGUGGUUCAACAACUGCGUGGCAUCGCGCCCAGCCAGCCAGACGCCUGGACCGGAGCAGGAGGCACAUAGACGCGGGAGGUCCUUAUGGCGAGAGCUUCUGGAGUUGCCUCUCAGUCGAGGGCUCCGGUCAGCAAGGCGGCGUUGUCCUGGCUGCAAAGUAUGCAUGCCGGGGCCUGGCUGCUUUGGGGCGCGGAUACCCAAAUCUGGAACCGCAGGAUAGCGCCUGUUAGUGGCAGGACACAUUGACAUAUGACCAUGUUAGGACUACGCCUGUGUAUGUACGAGGGCGGCAUGUGGGAUCGGUGCGAUUUAAGUUUUGUUUGGCAUGGUACCGCGGAGCUGCAUGCGUGGACAAUUGGCAGGCAUGCUUAUAAUGUGUGCCUCAGAGACGGAGUUGCGACUGUCGCGAGAUUCGUGGCGCGGUGUUGAGCCAGCGAGGAGCAGCGGUGUUAAUGUGAUGCCGCUUGCCUCCUUUGCCAUGUCUGUAAUGGCUGUUGAUGUGAGGCUCCUAGUCCAAGCAUGAGUCUGCAAGCCGAGGGCGCUCUAGGAUCAAGGUUUCAUCACUCUAGAGAGGACGAGAUCACGAAGGCAGCG